CGGGAGGACGUCUUUUGCCAGCCAGGAAGGGAGGCGCGUGGAGCUCCCGAGCAGGAACUGAGGAGCGCAAACCCCACUGGGGUUGCCGAGGCAGACCCGCGCGCGGCCCCUCGCCGCACCAUGGAGCCCUGCCGCGCUCUGGCGCUGUGCGCAGGCUCCCUGGGCCUGGCCGCGCUCCUGGUGGCCCUGAGCACGGACUUCUGGUUUGAGGCCGUCGGUCCGCACUCCACGGCGCACUCGGGGCUCUGGAGCAAGGAUCUGGAGGACUCAGUGAGAGGCUACAUCCGCGUGACGCAGGGCUUCAGCCUUGUGGCCGCGCUCUGGAGCUUGGUGGCUGUGGUCUUCCUGGCCAUGUCCUAUAUCCCUGCACUGUCUGCCCCCGGCCGGGGCCCCAUUGUCUCGUGCAUCACGGCCUUUGCUGCGGCCCUGUCUGCUGUGGUGGCCAUGACAGUCUACACCUGUGAGCGGUGGAACCAGCCUCCCCGACCUCAGGUCCAGACCUUCUUCUCCUGGUCCUUCUACCUGGGCUGGGUGUCGGUUCUCCUCUUCCUCUGUACAGGAGGCCUGAGUCUGGGGGCUCACUGCCGCGCCCCCCAGCCUGGCUACGAGAGCAUGUGAGCAAGAUGAAGCACGGAGGCUGCGAGGAAGCCGGAACCCCGCCCGCCUUCUCUGUUUCUUCAUUCAACUGCUCACAAAAUACUUGGCUAAGAUCUGC